UAUCUAUUGAAUAUAAGUUCUAUAAUAAAUUGGGAAGUAUUUUUUCACCCGCAAAAAUAAAUCAAUUGGGAAGCAUUAUCAUGCAUGGUUGCAUGCUGUGGUGGAGAGUUUUCAUGCAUUUUUGCAUAUUGAGGUUGGCCUUUUCCAUGCUGCCAUGCAUGGUUUUCCCGUAUGAAACAUUUUUCAUCUUUCAAAAAUCUUUUGUAACGUGAACAUUUACUUGACAAACAUGGACAUUUAUUCAAUACAUGUAAUAGUUUCAUAGAUGCCCCCUUUUUAAAACGCGCAUGCAAAUAUUUUUAUCCGAUGAGUUCACUUUUAGAAUUUGUCUCAACGUAUUAUCUGACAUGGAUGAACAAGUGUUUUUAGCGAGCAUAACAUAUUUUUUAAAAAGUUGAGUGGCAAUGUUUCUUGCAAGUAGCAUGCAUAUAUAAGCAAGUGUGGGUGUUGUAUACGUAAUAUAACAUUAAAAAAGAAGUUUGAUAAGGUUGAGGCUCCGGAUGGCUGGUACUGGUAGGCCAGUCGAUCGGUGUCAUGCGUAGAGGUAUUACUGACUCGCGAGCGCAAGCCAACAAAGCUCCCAGCUCCGAGCCAAGAAGGGUACUGGCUGGCACUUGAGAGCCCAGUGGCGUACGUCGUGGACGAACAUGAGGAAGACGACUUACGACGACUUGGGGUUUACAAGGACCAUAGCUUUCUCCAAGCCAUACAGACCACCCAAAAGCCAUCCAUACUGCCCAAUUUUCCAUAACGGCGGCUAGGCAGGGCAAGCAGCAUGAGCCUAUAUAUAUGAACCCGUCGAUCGAACUGUCUUACUCUCACUUGAGCACCUUCCUUCUCCCGUUCUCGCUCUCCUCGGUAAAUUGAGUAGGUGGCAGCCGCGUAUUGGCGAUGGGACUCUCAAGCGCCGUGACAUGGUGGGAGGAGUGGCAGCUGCGCAUCCUCGUCUUCAUCAGCCUCUUCAUCCAGUACAUCCUCUACUUCGCCGAAUGCGCUCGUAGAGUUCCUGUCCUACGCAGCUUCAGAGUGCUAUGGAAACGACAUAUAGUAACCCUUGUGUCUACAGCCUAGAAGACAAGUGCCUACAGCCUAGAAGACAACGAGCUAUGGAAACGACAUAUAGUAACCCUUGUGUCUCAGGUCACGAUCGCCUUGUAUGUCUUCUGCAGAUGGUGGUCCGGCGAGAAGACGCAGCUGGCGGCAGCGGUCUUGCUCUUUAUUCUUGGAGUUCUUAGAUUUGCUCAGAAGCCAUGGGCUCUCAAGACCGCUAGCUUUAACAGCUUCCAAUCCUCCAGCACCGUGCCCCUGUCAGCCAUGCAAAGCGAAGAAGAAUAUACGCGUGAAGAAUAUGUACAAGCAGCAAAGAGCCUUAGCUUCUAUUGUGCUCUUUGCCGUGAGCCACAAGGAUGGUCAGAACAAGAAGGACAUCAGGGUGACAUACAUCCUAUUAUGUUGUACCACCAUGUUGGAGCUUUUGCUUCCCUGCACAAUUUUCUCUGGGCUACUAGUUCCAUGUAUCUUUAAUUUCCUUAACGAUCCUAUUGAAGGGUGGCACGACAUGGUUUCCCAGCACAACAUCAUGUCCAUAUGUGUUCGCAAGAACAAGCCCACAUUCCUCAUGAAGCUUGUUACCUUCGACUUUCUGAGAGAGCUUCUUAACCAACAUUGGUAUAUUCAUCAAGUACCUAUAGCCUACCAGAUCACGGGGAAAGUUCACCGGCACAUGGAAGAGGGGUGGAAGAAGUACAUAUGCGACACAACAAGUUACAGGAGCUUCAGCGAGCUACGAGGCCAGUUGGCUCUAAGGAUGCACCAUCAGCUAGGAUGGAGCUUGAAGAUGGCUUUUGAUGAGAGCAUCCUCAUCUGGCACGUUGCCACAGAGCUCUGCUUUUAUCACCCCAACACAUCCCCUCGACGUCGACAAGGAGAAGCCACACAAGACAGUAAGAGCAUAUCCAAUUAUAUGUUCUACUUGCUUCUCAUCCGUCCUGAGAUGCUAAUACUUGGCACCAGGCCAGGUCUUUUCAAGUUAGCCAACGACCAGAUUUUAAAAUUUAGCGAGAGACCGCUCAACAUGACAGAAGAAAAUCUUGUGCAGGCGAUCCUUGAAAUGUCGUUGCCGCGAUCAAAUGAUAUGAUUACCAAUGCACGCAAACUCGCCGAAGCACUAAUGGAGCUAGGCAGUGAGGAUGAGAGGUGGAUUGUGAUCCAAGGUGUGUGGGUGGAGAUGCUCUGUUAUUCCGCCAGCAGAUGCAGGGGGUACCUGCAUGCCAAGAGCUUGGGUGAAGGCGGGGAGUUCCUUUCCUACAUCUAUCUCCUUUGGUCGUUCAUGGGAAUGGAGACAUUGGCGGAUAGGAAUCACAGGUCAGAGCCUCUUCAUUAUGAACAAGAAGAAGCACUUCCUUCCCGUUCCCAAGGCAGAGACGGUCAAUCUGCAGAAGGCGACAUAGAGAUGGGCUAGCUUGUGGAAAUUACUGAUGCCAAGUAGGUACUCCCUCCGUCCCAAAAUAUAAGAACGUUUUUGACACUGUCAAAAACGUUCUUAUAUUUUGGGACGGAGGGAGUAUGUUUUAAGGAACUAUUUGUUGCUUCUCUUGCCACCCCCUAGGCCAUUGCCGCCGCUGAGGAAGCCAUUGCUUGAUAAUGGUGCUAAUGCUACCGGUGAAAGAUUUUGUCUUGAUUUCUUACUGCAAUGUGUUGAAUGUUAUUUUGGUGCUCAUGUUCUAGAGCAUAAUAUAAGCAUGUAUGUGUCUGUAUGUUCGUUGCUACAGCGUGCAGUAAGUGUAAGAAUGGAUUUUGUGUGAUGGUCAUUUCAACAUUUGAUAACCCAGUUGAUGUAUUACUUGUGAUUUUGUGCGAGAGUAUUUGAUGUCCUGUUUUAUUUAUGUAGCAUCUAUGUUACGCUGUUCCAUUCCUCUAAUUCUUGAUUUCC